GUCGAAAACCCAUCAGUUGUAUUAGAACGACGAUCCGAGAGACACUCAGAAAAUGGCGAACCACAUGACAAUUUUAAUCUUGUUUGCUGUCGGAAUCGCGUCCUCGACCCAAUUCGACAUAAAAGCAGCAACUGAUGCUGAAUUCAACGCGUUCAGGGUUACCGCCGCAGAGGAAUGUCGUGUUGAAAACCACGUAGCAAAAGGUGAAUGGGAGAAACUCGCUGCGAAUCGGCAUAUGCCGCAUGACAAGAAUCUCUCGUGCAUGGCAGCUUGCUUUAUGGAAAAAUUUAAAUCGCUCAACACCGACGGGACAUUGAACUGGGAACAAAUCGAACUCUGGAACAAGAAAGAGCAUGGAGAGUUAGGAGUUCAAUACUUGAAAAUUUGCAGGCCCAAAGUUGAUGAAACUGCAGAACGAUGCGAGCUCGCCAGAGCUCUUGUCGAUUGCUACUUUGUUGAGGGAGAGAAACUCGGAUUAUUCAACAAGCCUUAACUUUCUCCGUGUCAAGUGUUUGUUUAUAAGUUAUGGUUCAUUUGUUCUCAAUGGCCUCAAUCACCAUCUUAAAUUUACGAAUUACCAGUAAGAUGUAACUUUUUUUUUAAUAAUGAUUAUAUAAAUAUUUCAAAAAUUC